AUGUAUCACCUGCUAACAUGGCCGCAACUAUCAUAUGUAGCAGUCAACGCAAAAAACAAGAUUGUCGGCUAUGUUUUGGCAAAAAUGGAGGAACCCGACAGCGGCGAACCGCAUGGGCACAUUACUUCACUCAGUGUUCUCCGCACAUAUCGUCGGCUCGGACUUGCUGCUGCACUCAUGCAUCAGAGCCAGAAGGCUAUGGCUGAAAACUUUGGAGCUACGUAUGUAUCGCUGCAUGUACGUAAGACAAACCGUGCAGCACUGCAGCUGUACAGAGAUCACCUGCAUUUUGUGAUUACGGGCGUCGAAAAGGCGUAUUAUGCAGACGGUGAAGAUGCAUUUUCUAUGCGUUGUAAUAUUCACCAUCUUAUGGAUGAUCACGUGAUUGAUCACGUGAGCAGCGAAGAGAGCUCAGAGUCUGAGACGGAGACAAAGGGUGCAGCGUGCACUGAGGCAGUGGAGUCAAAGGACGAGACAGACGGGCUGGAGUCGCUGGAAAAGCUACACUUGUGA